UAGUUUUGUAGAACAAACGUUUAAAGCCAUAAAAUAGACGAAAUGAAAGCAAAUUCCAAGCGAUCUCGUGGCAGUAAUUCACGCAAUGCUUCCACGUCGCAAAACAACUCCUCCAAGGCUCAUAACUUGUGUGAAAGACACGCAUUUACGCCGCAAGAGAUCGAAAAUUUAAGACAGCAAUUGUUAGAUUGGUACGACGUGAACAAACGCGAUCUUCCCUGGCGAAGAUUGGGCGCACAGGAGAAGGACAGGAACCGUCGUGGCUAUGCGGUGUGGGUCUCUGAAGUUAUGUUACAGCAAACACAAGUCGCGACCGUUAUCGAGUAUUAUAAUAAGUGGAUGAAACGGUGGCCAAGUUUGGAAGAUUUGGCCAAGGCAAGUUUAGAGGAGGUCAAUGAGAUGUGGGCAGGAUUGGGUUACUAUUCCAGGGCAAGGCGCCUUCACGAAGGAUGUAAAAAGGUUGUGAAGGAGAUGAAUGGUGAAAUGCCAGACAACGCCGGUGUUUUAUUGAAGGAUCUCCCAGGUGUUGGUAAAUACACAUCAGCAGCCAUUGCAUCAAUUGCAUUUAACGAACCUGUCGGUCUGGUUGAUGGCAAUGUGAUAAGAGUCCUUUCCCGUCUUCGGAUAAUUGGCGCUGACUCCUCAAGCACAGUUGUGGUAGAGACGUUUUGGAAACUAGUUGAUGAACUUAUACCCCAGGAUCAUCCUGGCGAUUUCAAUCAAGCAAUGAUGGAACUUGGUGCAACAAUUUGUACACCGAAAUCACCUCAAUGCAAAUGUUGUCCAGUAAAAGACAUAUGUCUUGCUUAUGAUCAGGCCAAUAAUUAUACCUCUAGAACUGAAAAUAGUUUAAAGAGUUUCUUCGGAAGUGAAAAACAGGUAGAAGAUUGUCCCAGUGAUUCUUUGAGAGAUAUUGAAGAUGUGGUGGCCAAUGAUUGUCAGCUGUGCUUGCCAAAUGAUUCACGUUAUGAUUCCAAACUAGGAGUUUGCAACUACCCCAGGAAAGCCAAGUUGAAAGAGGCACGUCAGGAAAAGGUUGUCGUUUGUGUCCUAGAAUGUGCGGCUGGUGACGAUAUGUUGUUGUUUCUGGUGAAGAGACCCUCAACUGGACUUCUGGCUGGUUUAUGGGAGUUUCCUAAUUUCAUAGUUGAUUCAGAGUCAUCUAACAAAUCUUUAAUUAGUAAAGUUGAGGAAUUCAUGAGAGAACAAUUUAACAAUUUACCUGACAGUGUGAAGAUAUUCUUUCUGGGUGAAGUUGUUCAUCUAUUCUCACAUAUCCAUCAUACAUACAUUGUUCACAAGAUAGUCAUACCUGAAUCUGCCCAGGAAAACAUGACAACAGGUCAAUCAGCUGAUGGUCGAAGCACAAAGUGGGUGACACAGUUGGAGUUUCUAGAAACGGCCGUUUCAACUGCUAUGAAAAAGGUCUAUAACUUGUACAAAAAUAAUGGACAGCUUAAAACGACUGGUGUUAAAAGAAAAAGAGUGACAAAGAAUGACAGUAAAAAACAGAAAGUUUUGGAAUCAUUCUUCAUAAAAACAUCAUGAGAAUUAAUGAUUAAGAAAUAGGAAAAUCAAUUGUUAUAAAAAUACAUUCAACAGUUUUGCACUUGUUCUGCACAUCUGCAGAGUUGCCCUCUAUUUGAGAUUUGGUUUAAUUCUCAAUCAUUUACCCAAAAUUGUAUUUACUAUCUAGUUUUGUGAAGGAAUCAAUAUAUACUGUAUGUACAUCUAUAGAUCACAGAAAACGUUUUCAUUGGAAAAUAAAUAUCUGUACAUAGUUGUCAGCAUAGUGGAUUGCAUUGUUAUAACUUUGAUUUACUUGG